AUGGACAUGGAUUUGGUUGCUCGUUCCGGGGUCAGCAGCGGUGGUGACCGUCCGCCAGCCUACAAAGCGAUCGGAAUAUCAUUGGCUGUCGCAUCUGGCGUCUUCAUUGGAGUUUCGUUCGUGCUGAAGAAAGUCGGGCUCCUGCGAGCAAAUGUCAAAUACAAUGAGGAGGCCGGUGAAGGAUAUGGCUACUUGAAGAAUCUGUGGUGGUGGUCGGGGAUGACCCUAAUGAUUAUUGGCGAAAUCUGCAACUUUGUUGCUUACGCUUUCGUUGAUGCCAUCUUGGUGACGCCUCUAGGCGCUCUCUCUGUUGUGAUCACAACGAUUCUGUCUGCGAUAUUUCUCAAAGAGCGACUAAGCUUUGUGGGCAAAGUGGGGUGUUUCACCUGUAUUCUGGGUUCGGUGGUCAUUGCUUUGAAUGCGCCGGAGCAAUCAUCUGUCGCCGAUAUCCAGGAAAUGAAAGGUUAUGUCAUUGCGCCUGGAUUUCUGACAUAUGCGGGGGUUAUCAUUGUGGCGUGUGCAGCAACCGCUAUAUGGGCAGGGCCGCGAUACGGCAAGCAGAGUAUGUUCGUCUACAUCAGCAUCUGCAGUUUGAUCGGAGGCUUGAGUGUGGUGGCUACUCAGGGAUUAGGGGCAGCAUUUCUCGCUCAGAUCAAUGGUGAAUCUCAAUUCAAAGAGUGGUUCAUGUAUGUCCUACUUGUAUUUGUGAUUGCGACUUUAUUGACUGAGAUCAUCUAUCUCAAUAAAGCACUAAACAUCUUCAACGCUGCCCUGGUCACCCCCACAUAUUACGUAUUUUUCACCAGUUCUACAAUUAUCUCUUCCGCCGUCCUCUUCCGAGGCUUCAAAGGGUCAGGCAUGCAAAUUGCUACGGUUAUUCUUGGCUUUCUGCAGAUCUGCGCAGGCGUGGUAUUGCUACAACUCUCCAAGUCCUCCAAGGAUGUCCCAGAUGCCGCCGUUUUCAAGGGCGAUCUUGAUCAAAUCCGAGAAGUUGCAACCCAGGAAGAACCGGAAUAUGAACCAAAGGCCGAUGCCAUCCGCGGAACAGCGGCCAUCAUUCGCCGCUUAUCCACUCCACGCCGUAAUGUCGAGGCCGAGGAAGCACGUCGCUAUUUCAACGAGAGGCAUGAAGACGGCCUUAGGCCACCGGCCGAUGACGAGGUUGUCGAAUGGGAUGGGCUACGUAGGCGCAAGACCGUCCUCAGUGAGAAGUCUCAACGACGCACGCCCACUCCAUUACCUCCACUUGGAAUGUCCCGCUUUCCCGAGGAUUGGUCAGAUGAUGCCCAAUCAACUCCUAGUGUGAAUUCGUUCAUGAACGAGAUCCGAUCACGGACAUCUAGCAUCAUGAACUCCCCUUGGAGACCAGUACCUGAUGACCACUAUCCCACUAAUGAACCUGCACCGGGAUCGGACACAAGGAAUAUCGACACCAGUUACCCAGGGCCGAACCGUCCGCGGGCCAUCUCAUGGGCAGACGAGGAUCAACACGACGACCAACGUCGGUUAACUGCCCCAACACCACCAAUGCACCGUAACUUUUCGUUCCACAAUAUCUUCAAUAAGAUCAAAUCACCAGUCGAGCCACCGCGGAGUCCACUACGCAGUCCUCGUGGCAUUCUCCGCCGCGGCCAUGAACGGAAUAUGACCUCUGAAGAGGAACACCUCGGACUUGUCCAGGGUGACACUGUCGCAGAAUACAUGAAUGAAAAGCUUGAAAGAUCUGGCUCACAGAGCAGCCAUGACGAUUAUAACAACGACAACUACGACCACGAUGAAUAUGACCGCGAAAGACAAGACCGCCUACCCUCUGGGCAACGCGCAGUCUCGCAUGCAUCUCUAUACCCUCCGAAACUCCGUGUGAACCCGCUGCCUCCGCUACCGGAUGACGAGUCGGAAUUGGACCUGCGCUCUCAUACAGAGACGGAUCAACAACCACCGCAGCCGCCACAGCACUCCGAGAGCAGCAUAGGUUCGCUGUUACCCAUUCCACGGAGACAGAGUGGAUGGCGCCGACACGAUUCGGCAAGUAGCGGGGGAAACAAAUGA